AUGGCCCAACCUUGGCGCCCGUUCGUCGCCGACAUCUCGCCGGUCGCAGUGGCCGACGACGACGACCCACCGGCGGCGUGCGCCGCGUGCGCCCACCUGGGGCGCGCGUGCCCGACGGGAUGCCCGCUGGCGCGCUGCUUCCCGGCGGCCGGGGACCAGCCAGCGGACGGCCGGCUAUUCCGGAACGCGUUCCGCCUCUUCGGCGUCGGCAACGUCGUCGGCUUCCUGCUGGCGGCCGGCGGGGACCCGGGGAAACGGCGCGACGCCGCGGUGUCCGUCGCCUACGAGGCCGACGCGCGGGCCGACGACCCCGUGCGCGGCGCCCACGGCGUGGUGAUGGACCUCGAGCGGGAGCUCGACUGCCUGAAGGCCGAACUCGCAACCGCGCAGAGCGCGCUCGCGCGGCACCGCCAAUACGCCCAGCCGCCGCCGCCGCCACCCGACGCACUCGAUCGAGCUCGAGCCCUUAACUACUUCUGCCAUGGAUGCUGCGGCGACGUCGACGGAGCGGCCUGA